UUUUGGUACAGUUAAACAAACAAGCACAGUAAAACAAUCACUGGUACAAUCGGUUAUAAUAAUAACUGUUUCCAUUACACCAAUCGCGUUCUCGUCGUGAAAGUAGCUACUUUCACCUAGGUCACUACAAAAACUCAAAUAACAUGUAUAGUCAUUUUGUGGUGAUUGUACAGAAUGUAAAAAGUUUGUUAUGCCAAUCUAAUCACUAACAAGAACUUAUGACCGCCCAUUGGAAAAAAAUAAGAACCUGUAUACGUAUCGAAUUAGCAAGAAUAAAAAGAAAACCAAUCAGUCGGUUUAUAUGACUUCGUCAUAACGAUAUUAGAUAUACUGGCCAUUCCGUUUAAGCUGUUUGAGAGUUAUCGUCCGUACUCCCCAAGGUCGUUUGUUUUAUCCUGGAUCUCGUCAUAUGUGCUGGCAUCCAUUGACUAUUGCAAGUCAAGCGUUCGUCCAAUCUACUUGCUGACCAGACACGUAUAAACAACACUGGACAGAUCACCACCAUCGCACUACUACAAAUGAAAUUCUUAACAUAUGUUAACAUAUGUAUAUACAUAUUUUGCUACUUGUUUCAGGUGAUAUACUCAAUUUUCCGUCCUAUGAUAAAGUAUAUUUCUCGAUUAGUAACAGGGAGAUGUGAACUAAGUCGCAUAAUUGCCAGUUAUCCUAAAGGAGCACCCAGGACUCUCAGAAUAGAAAACUCGCUGAGGAAUUCAAAAAAUAAAUCUAUUCAAAAUGGAUUGCUUUUGGGGAAAUGUAUAGAUGCCAAGUCACAUGUGCGGCUUGUCAUUAGUGCUAAGCAUAUCGAUCUCAAUGAUCAACCAAAUUUUCCUACCGAUUAUUUGUACUGCAUCAAUCAAAUCAACUCUUAUUGGGAACUAAUAGACAAAUUGGAUGCCUCGAGAUGUACUGCGUUCAAUUCUGAUGAUCAUUACCACUCCGAAUUACUUUCAAGGUUAUGGAUCUGUCUGGAUUCUCAAAAUGAACUGUCAUCCCAUAAUGGAGAAAAGUGGACUCUUCUUGGAUUUCAAACAGAGAACCCCGAGACAGAUUUCCGCGGAAUGGGUAUACUAUCUCUUGAAAAUCUUGUGUACUUCGCAGAAUCACAUACGAAAUUAGCGCGAAGUAUGUUAUCGGCAUCACAUGAUCCUAACAAAUGGUAUCCAUUUGCUGUAACUGGUAUCCACUUGACGAAGUUGUCAUACAACUUCAUGCUGAAAGGCCAUCUAAAAUGUCUGUUCUAUAAUAUGUCCUCAUCAGCCAGCAUCCAAGACUUCAACGAAUUUUACUGCUAUACAUUUUAUUCUUUCCACAAAUUCUGGACGAAACACCCUCGUGAUAUAAUGCAAUUCAAUAAAUAUUGUGAUGAUUUCGGAAAUAAAUUGAAAUGUCUUCUAUUAGAUGUAAACUGUAGAUUAUGUUUGCCGGAAGAUAAAAAUAAAUGAUUCAUGUGUCUCCGUCUUUCCGGCAUUAGUAAGUAAAUCACAAGUUAUACGAGUAACUUAAUGUAUUUAAUGUGGUGCUAACUAUGGUUAAUUGUACCACAUUUAUUGUAAUAUUCACAAGUGUGAUAUCUGCUAUUUUCGUUUGAAUUUUUAAGUAUAAUGAUACUUUGUAAUCCUUUAGUAUGUGAAAUCCACGAAAUGAAAUCUGUAUUUAUUCUGCUCCCAUUAACGUCCCUCUUUUUAUCAAAGGCAUGAAGAAAUCUGCUUGUCCAAAAUCUUACAGUUACAUCUGUUAAGUAUUGUCUUCUUUCUUCAAUAGCUAUUAUUUUGUUUAUUUAUGUUUAUAUUGAUAAAGUACAUUUUACUUUGAAGAGUU